AUGUCUGUUCUGUCUAUUGCUUGUUUAUGUUUUUUAAUAUUAUCAUUUGAUUGUAUUAACAGUCAAAGUCAUCAAUAUGAUUCAACAUGUAACUGUGCUUCAAUAUCAUCGAAUGGUAAUGUUUGUCUUCAAUAUACUUGUGUAACUGAAAGACGUGAACCAAAAUGCUUUCCUGGUCGAAGUAUCGUUGUAACUGAAAAUGGUUUAAUGAAAUCUUUAUCAAAUAUAGAAAUUGGUGACCGUGUACUCGUUAUGAAUAAAGAAAAUAAAUUAAUUUAUGAACCUAUUGAAGGUUUUAUUCAUUUAAAGCGAAAUGGUUUAUUUAGUUUUUUAUUAAUUAAUAUAGAAAUUGAUGAUCAUAGAAAUAUUACAACAUGUUUAUUUAUAUCACCUAAUCAUUUAAUAUUCUUAGCAAAUGAUACAGAAUUAAAAUCUGCUAUAUUUGCUAGUCAAUUGCGUUUAGGUGAUCAUGUAAAAUAUGUUUAUAAAAAUGAAAUUAUAUCAGCUAAAAUUCAAAAUAUUUAUUUAACAAUAGAAGAAGGUUAUUAUGCACCAUUAACACCAUCAGGUACAAUUAUCAUUGAUAAUGCUUUAGUAUCAAAUUAUGCAUCAGUUAAUAAUCAUUAUUUAGCUCAUUCUGUUAUGAAAAUUUAUCGCAGGUGGGUUUAUUUAUUUGGAUCAAAUAAAAAUAAUGAAAAUAUUCAUUGGCUAUUAAGAUUAAUUGAAAGACUAGUUCAAUGGUAUGGUAUUGAAAAAUUUGGUCAAACUUCAAUGUUUAAUGGUGUGUUUCAAGUGGCUGGUUUUAUUUGA